AUGAAAGAACCGAGACGGAACAGGUUGGAUGUAAGACCCGACAGCAUUUCCGUCAAACCCGAUCCAAAAUCCGCUAUUGCUCUAUCCAACCAUUCCGGGACAACAAUGGCUAGUUCAUACAGAAUAUACAAAUGGAUCGCCACACGGACAGGAAAUGGUGCUGCGGGUGAGAAAGUAGCGGCCCAGAUAGGCGAAGAAGUACCUACCUCAACUGUAGGGACCGACGACCACGUUCGUCUGCGCGUUAACCGGCACCGACAACCUAAGGCAUCUGACAAUCGCUCGACAACCGAUCUCUUCUGCUACUUUGAAGCAAGCUGCCCUGGCUCUCACUCGCUGGGCAUUGGUGUGUGCCGCAUCGGUGUUGAACACUGGUGCUACGCUGCCGAUGAAGCUGAAAUUUGUGCCAGCUAUGAAUAG